GUCGGGGUCACAGGCCAGGUUCAGCAGGUAGCAAGCAUCGUAGUACAGAGGGUCAGGCAGAGGGAUGGUCAGGGUCACAAGCCAGGGAUCAGAACAGGUAGCAGCAGCAGCGUGAGAAUCAGACAGGAACAGAGAGCAGGAACAGGAUACAGGAUGCAGGACAGAUACAGGGCCCAGGACAAACACAACACCAAGGCAGAGUCUGCAAGUCUGGCCAUCCCUUAAAUACACCAGUAUCAUCAGUUCCAGGUGUUAGCUGGCUGAAAGGUUGAGUCUCUGAUUGCUGGGGAGCACCCGCUGGCCAGCCCUGGUACUGCAGAUCAAAAGGCAGGUGAGUCCCACCAUUGCUGGCCACUCCAUUCCUGACAAUAGGACUCUCCAUGUCACCAAGUGAUACUGCAAUGCUGGUAUGUGAAAGACCAGGAUGUACUAGGCCACUGGUGCUCGCCAGUUCACCAUAAGGUAGAGCGGCACUAGUACUGGCACUCUGCUGC